UCUACACUGCCAGGUUCAGAUAUCGAUCAGUGGGUCAGCUAACCAUCUGACCUUGGGAGAGUUAUUUAAUCUCUGGGCUUCACAGGAGAUUGUAAUAGGCCGACCUAAUGAGGUUGAGAGGAUGGUAUGGGUUAAUGUGUAAAAGGCGCUGAUGAGUGCCUGGCAAAUAUUAAAUGCUUAAUAAAUGUGGAUUAUUAUUUUAUUAUGUGAAGAGUUGUUACGGGGAAGGAAGUGGAAUUGAGUCUGUUCUUUUCUAGUAAAAGGACACUGGAAGCGGGUCUUGCGUGCUUUCAACAACAUCCAGCAGUUAUUUGUCAAACCCGUUUAUGUCCCAGGGCCUUGGAAAUACGGCAAUGGAUAAAGCAAAGUCCCUGCCUCAUGCAGCUUACAUUCCAAUGGGAUCCAUUUAGGGCAAUGGACUAGCAUAGGCUGAACAUCCCUGUUGUAGUGACAUUCAACUUGCAGAGACCUUCCAACCUAGCCUAUUGACUUCAUGAAAUUCAUUGGCUCAUCGCCUUAGUCUCUGACUAAAAGCAAGGCCAGUUCAGGUCAGCACCUCUUCUGCGGAUACUUUCCCAAAGCAAGUGAAAAUUGUGGAAGUUGGUGCCCGAGAUGGACUACAAAAUGAAAAGAAUAUUGUGCCUACUCCUACAAAAAUCAAGCUGAUAGACAUGCUUUCUGAAGCAGGACUCCCUGUUAUAGAAGCCACCAGCUUUGUGUCCCCCAAGUGGGUUCCCCAGAUGGCUGACAAUGCUGAAGUCUUGAAGGGCAUCCAGAAAUUUCCUGGCAUCAACUACCCGGUCCUGACCCCAAAUAUCAAAGGCUUCCAGGCAGCGGUUGCUGCUGGAGCCAAGGAAGUGAGCAUCUUUGGAGCUGCCUCGGAGCAGUUCACUAAGAAGAACACCAACUGCUCCAUUGAUGAGAGUUUACAGCGCGCUGAUGAAAUCUUGAGGGCGGCUCGGGCCGCUGGUAUCCCUGUGCGCGGGUAUGUCUCCUGUGUGCUUGGAUGCCCCUAUGAAGGGAAGAUCUCCCCGGCUAAAGUAGCUGAGAUCACCAAGAAGAUGUACUCCAUGGGCUGCUACGAGAUCUCCCUGGGGGACACCAUCGGCGUGGGCACCCCUGGGAUCAUGAAGGACAUGCUGUCCGCUGUCAUGUAUGAGGUGCCCGUGGCUGCCCUGGCCGUCCACUGCCAUGACACCUAUGGCCAGGCCCUGGCCAACACCUUGAUGGCCCUGCAGAUGGGAGUGAGUGUUGUGGACGCCUCUGUGGCAGGACUUGGAGGCUGUCCUUAUGCACAGGGGGCAUCAGGAAACUUGGCCACUGAGGACCUUGUCUACAUGCUGUCUGGCUUGGGCAUUCACACGGGUGUGAACCUCCAGAAGCUCCUGGAAGCUGGGGCCUUUAUCUGCCAAGCCUUGAACAGAAAAACCUGCUCCAAAGUGGCUCAGGCUACCUGUAAACUCUGAGCCAUUUUGCUGCCUCAAGCGCUGGGGACAAUGUGGGCAAGAGGGGCACACGUGAAUGAUUCCGGACAGGGCACAUGGAAAUGGGAAUGAAAUUCACAGGAGCAGGCACCUCCCGGGGGGUCUGCACAUAGGGCUCCUGCAGAAGGGAGGCAGGAGGGCAGGAGCUGCUUGGCCUCAGGCCUCCUUGCCAGACCCAGGUGUGAGUGAGAAGCCUUGGGGGCUGUAGGUCUCCCUGCCCCAUGAACCCCCCCCUCCCCCUCCCGCCAGGAGCUGAAUGCCUGGGGGUCCCCUGGAACCCAUUUCCUGGUGCUCCGGCCUCAUCUCUGGGUGAAAUCUGUCAGCUAGCUACACUACACAGCUCGACCCUGCCAUGGCCCUGGGGCCAUCGCUGACUCCGUAGAGCAAAGGGGCGUGGAGUUUUUCCCCAAGCCGGCAGAGGGGGCGAGGGCUGAGCUGCUCUGGUGGCCACUGCCAACUCUGGCAUCUCUGGAAAAUCUCCACUCUGAGCAUGAUUUUCGAAAAGCGCUUAUGUAAUUAAAGGUUUAAUGACACGAAGCA